UUUAAAUUUACUAUUAAUGGAUCCAGAGGAAUAGCUGGAAAAGCUUUUGGAGGUUUUUUAUGAUGAAAAACUUGAUCCAAAAAAGGAAGCAGCAAAAUAAAUUCUUGGAUUGGCAACUUAAUAAUAAAAUUUAGAAUACUUGAUUUCACAUGGUAUUACUUCAAUAAUUAAUUUAACAUUAGAAUAAUUAUUAUCCACUCUUUCACGAACUUUAAGAGAUGAGCAUAAAAAAUCUACUGAGCUUACACUUUAUUUAUUGUGUGUAUUUUACAUCUUAUCAAAUUAUUUGGAAUUCCACUAAAUCCUUUCAGAACACUAAAUUGGAGACAUAACUAUGAAAAUAAUUGAAUCACAGAUUCAGAGAUUUGAUUUGAGAUAUGCUGAAUUGAUGGAAAAAUAAGGUCAACCUUAGUAGCUAUAAGAAUUGAGAAAAUUAAAUUUGAUGAUUGCAAAAUAAGAAAAAUUAUUUUAUGUUGGAUUCACAAUAUUAAUGAAUAUGGCCGAAGAUCCAAUUAUUGAAAAUAAAAUGAGAAAAAGAAAAAUCAUUACAUUUCUUUUAAGAAUGCUUGAAAGAAACAAUUUUUAUUUACUUAUAGUAACUUUAUUAUUUCUCAAAAAAUUAAGUAUUGUGAAUGAAUGUAAGUUGUAAAUGGUAGAAGAGAAUUGUAUAAGAAAACUAAAACGAUUUUUUAGUGCUGAUAAUAAUGUUUUACUCUAAUUAAGUUUAGGUAAUACAAAUAUCGAUUAACUUAGGAUUAAUAAAGAAUUUAUGUUUCGACUCUGAAGCUCGAUCUUAAAUUGAAUAAAAUGGAUUCAUUCCAGAUAUUGUAAAACUGUUAAAAAUACCGAAUUACCGAUUUGUUUCAAUAGUUUUAUUAUAUUUACUCACUCUUGAUGAUAAGUUGAGAUUAACUUUUGGAUUCACAGAAUGCAUGACUCUUGUUGUGAAAUUAAUGUUACAUUUUCCAGAACCUAUCAUAGGCAAAGAAUUAAUUGCUUUAGCUACUAAUUUAUCUACUAGCUCAAGAAAUGUCGACCACAUUACAGAAUAAGAAUUUCAAUAAAUUGUUUAAAGGGCUUUAACAAAUGGAGAUACAUUGUUGUUUAGAUUUAUAAAAGGAAUUAUCGAAAAUUCUACUAACCCAGAAAUAUAAACCUGUGCGAAAAGCUUUGUAAGGCAUUUUAUGAAAUUACUUGUAACUCAAGGAAAAGAAGAAGACUUAAAAUUUGAAAUUAUAGGAAUAGUAAGUGUAAUUUAGUUAAAUGAAAAUUGGGUUAAAUUAUUGACAGAACCCUUUAUUGAAUUUUUACAUAAUAAUUUAGCAUUAGGAAUGAUUGAUGAUGAUAUUGUUCUAGAAACUAUGAUGUUGGUAUCCUAAAUUGCUUCUAAUUCUAAAGCUGCUGAAAUUUUAUUUAACAACAAUAUUUUAAACGCUUUAUCUUAAGUUUUUACUGAAAAAGUAGAUGAUGAUGAAUUUAUAGUCCAAUUCCUAUAUUGUUUGCAUUAAUUCCUAUUCCACAAAAUUGGAAUACCUUUAAUUUUAACACAGUAAACUAUUAUUAACAUUAAUUUAGAGAUGAUAUACUAUUACAAAUGAUUUAACAAUUAAAUGAUAAAAACCAAAAAGUAAAGUAAAUGUCCCAAGAGGUUUUGGAUAUUUUAAGAGAGUAUGAUUAGGAAUUAUGUGAGAAAAUAAAAGAGACUAAAUUCUGUGAAUACAAUUAAUUAUGGGUAGAACAUAUUAAUGAAUAGGAAAUGAUGUAAAUUAUUAUUUAAUGUAGGUUAUAAGAAGGGGGUGACAUGGCUUUUGAAGAUGAAUAUGGAGGUAAUGAACUUGAUCCAAAAAUGUGGGAUUCAGAUAAUGAUUGA